GUCACAUUUACACACGUCAUAACUUUAGCAGUAAAUUAAACCAUAUAGUAUUAUAUACUAUACAGUACUAUAUUAAAAGCCCCUUUUUCCCCAUAAUUAAUUAAUAAUUAUGACAACAGCAACAUUAACCAUCUCUCUCAAAACCCCCCACUCCUCCACCACCUGAAAAAGAAAAAAUUCAUUAUAUAAAAUAUUCUUCUCUGAAUUUCUCCCUUUUCCUCAACACAGUUCACAUUUCUUGUGAAGUCUCCAACUUUACUGUUUCAUGUGACCUUUUUCGAGUUUUUUUUUCGGGUUUUUGGAGAAAUGGGGUUGUGUUUUUCGUGGGAAUCCAAGGCUCGGGAGAAGCCGCUGCCCAGACGGCUGAUUCAUCAGUCUUCAUCAUCGUCGUCGGUGGCGGGACAAGGCGGUAAUGGAGGGAGUAACAGGUGGACGAGAAUUCGGUCUUCUAAGAAGGAAGAAGCCGUAAUUCACGAGCGUGCUUUGGCUGCGGCGAUUCUGUUGCAGCAGCAGUUGCAGAAUGGCGGGGUGUCGUUUGAUCGGUCGACUUCUUUGAGGUAUUCUAAUGGGAGUGCGAAAAGGAGUCAGACUUUGCCGAGGAGUUCUAGCUCCAGAGCCCGCUCUUUAACUGAUCCUCUGCUGCAGCCUCACCAGCUUGUCAAUCAGGAGAUAAAGCUUGAGGAUCUUGAGACCAACCAUUUGGUCCUUGUUCAUGGUGGUGGUUUUGGGGCAUGGUGCUGGUACAAAAGCAUAGCACUUUUAGAAGAAGCUGGAUUUAAAGUAACUGCUAUAGAUUUAACUGGUUCUGGAAUUCAUUCAUUUGAUACAAAUAGUAUUACAAAUCUUUCACAGUAUGUGAAGCCAUUGACUGAAUUCCUUGAGAAGCUUGUGGAGGGAGAAAAGGUAAUUCUGGUGGGACAUGAUUUUGGUGGUGCAUGUCUAUCACAUGUUAUGGAGCUUUUCCCCUCUAAAAUUUCAAAAGCUGUUUUCAUUGCUGCUGUAAUGUUGACUAGCGGGCAGAGUAUUCUUGAUAUGUUUUCGCAAAAGACAGAUGAGAAUGAUCUAAUGCGUGAAGCACAGAUAUUUGUAUAUGCUAACGGUAAUGGUCAGCCUCCAACUGCUAUUGAUUUGGAUAAAUCUCUCUUGAAGGAGUUGCUAUUUAACCAAAGUCCAUCUAAGGAUGUUGCAUUAGCUUCUGUUUCCAUGAGGCCGAUACCCUUUUUACCAGUUUUGGAGAAGCUCUCUCUUUCGGAUGCUAAAUAUGGGAAGGUGAGGCGGUUCUAUAUUGAAACGCCAGAAGACAAUGCGAUACCCAUUUCUCUGCAGGAGAGCAUGAUCAACCAAAGUCCUCCAGAAAAGGUUUUCCGCUUAAAAGGUGCCGACCACUCUCCUUUCUUUUCGAAGCCUCAAGCAUUACACAAGAUAUUGAUGGAGAUUGCAAAGAUCCCAUGACUUGGACUGUCUUUUUUGAAAUGGUCCAUUCUUCCCUAAUUGCUUAAUGUGCCUGUGCUACCGCCAUGACCUAAGGAAGUGGUACCUUGUGAUCAAUCUCUCUUCAGAGAGUCUGCAAGAUCAGUGUACAUGUUCUGUUUCUGUCCUGUUACCUAAUUUUGUAAAGGAAUAUGUAUAUUUAUUAAGUUAUCAAGUUGGUGAGUGGGUAUAUUGGGAAGGAGGUUAUGCUCUUUCAAGAAAUUGGGAAGGCUGGCUUCAUGAUAGAGUUAAAUUUGUUUUAAACAUUUCCAAAAUAAAAUGUAACUCUGGUUAUGCUCCCAAUCUAAAUUGUUCGGUACUCAGUUGUUUCCUCUAUCCAAAGCAAUAGUGAAGAUUUUCUCACCAAAAGCCUAAUUUAAUAUGUAACGGAAUAAAGGAGAUUCAUUUGAUAUAUGUUAUCUCGCGUCCCAAUUUCAG